CGACCCACCCUGAACCGCAAGAUAAUUCAAAUCUCACGCGACAGGGUACGCUAAUGGACACUGAGGAAAGAAAUAUGGCGGAAACAGAGAAGGUCGAUUCAUCAACCGAGGUAGAUGAGGAGACUCAACAUAUUUUAGGAAAGGACCCAAGACUUAAAAAUACAAAUAUAGCUUCAAUACACCCAGAAGUUGCAGCGAGAUGGUCGUCAUGGAUUCCAGAGGGUCUUGAAAAAGAGAUCAAGGAGAAUCUCAUUGCAGCUUAUCCACGAGCUGAAAACGUUCUGUUAGAACCCCAGAUUCUGAAUGAAGAAGUCGCCGUAAUAAUGCAACCAGCGGCAAAGAAGCGAGAUGAACAUGCUGUCGAAACACAGAAAUCAUUAGGUUCAGCUAUGAUAGCCCUAGGCCUGGGGAUUUCCUUAAUAUUGAAGGAAAAGGUCAUUAAAGAUGAGCACAGGAAUCUGUUGUUAGAAUAUGUAAGUGACGCAGGGAUGCUAAUGGCUGAAACUCAUCAUCAAAUGGCUAUUAACAGAAGAGCAUUUAUUCUGCCAGGAUUAGAAAAAUCCAGGAAAGAUGCUCUCGAAAGAUGUCAACUCGACAAAUAUCUGUUUGGUGAAAAAUUAGCGGAAAAAAUCCAAACAACGAAAACAAUUGAAAAGGCGGCUUCCGAACUUAAGCCUAAGCAAAUAAUGAAAAAAUUUCCCUCGAAAUCACAGAAUCAUUUAAACUGGAAGAACCCAUCUUCGAAGAAUCUGGGAUAUUCGAGGAUGGGACAGAAGAUGUACAAUCCCCAAACUCAGAGAAUGACGUCCAAGAGAGACUCGAGAUAUGCGAGCUCUCACAGCAGAACCAAAACAACUCACCGGUCAUCGGAUCGUCGUCACAAAUAGAGAUCAUUAAAUCAUCCCUUGCAUCAAAAAAUGUUUUUGAUUGUCGGCAAGCUAUCCGG